CGGACCAAUCUGCUGUUGUACAGGUUUUUAAGAACGUUGAAUAAGUGAGCAGUUAUAAACUUUUCCCCAGGGUUGAAGAAUAUUCUCAGAUUCAGUUAUUUACUUUAGGGGGUAUGGAUAAUAAGAAGGGGAAAGUGCGUUGUUUUUUGAAACAAGCUUCUUUUCGGCUAAAAGAUGGGUGUCCAGGAGAAGCCCGUUAUCUUCUAUCAAGACAAAACAUUGAUUCAGAAGAGAGGAGGCUAGAAGGAGUAUGCCCUUACUGUUUCCAGUACCUGCUACCAGGGAAUCACAGAGUGCGUCUUAAACCCAAAAUGAAGUUAACUCCACGUGUAUGUCGACUUCUUAAUCAAGAGAAAAACAGGAAAAUGAACUGCAAACAGCAGAAAAUAAUUAGAAAAUACAAAAAUUCCAGAAGUGUACUGCUUGUUACCUGCUAUACUUGCAGUAAGACGUCAAGAUAUUAUGGUGUAAAUCGAAGCUUUCUAGCCAUGCUUCCCAGCCCUGCUUGUACUCCCAAGGGUACUCCCAAUGACAGAAGGCAGGACUUAAAGACUCCAUCAUCAUCAAACAAACAAAGCAUGUCUCAGAAACAGAACAGCUUUGGCUCAAAAGGCAAAAGCCCAGCUACAACACCAAGAACUGGCAAAUCUGAACAUUCCUCUCCAUCUUCAUCUAAAUCUGAACGUGCAAAGAAGUUUAACUUCUCACGCCUUAAAAUGCUCCUUAAAGAGGAGCAGAAGCAACUGAAAAAGAAAGGGAGGCUUCAAGAUUUCCUUUCCUCACUUUGAGAGGUUUAUGGUUGCUGAGAAUAAUUGUAAUGGGAACUUGUGAAGAACAGGAAGAUGAACUGCACUCAAGUAUUCAGCUGUCAGAGCACAGGCAAAGGGUUUGAUAGUCUGUAUACCAGUCAAAUGUAAUGUACAACAAAAGGGCCCUUACUUCUGAUUUGCAGUCUUACAGCUGUCAGUUUGACUAAAAACUUGGUUAAAGUGAUUGUUAAAUCAAACGUUCUAGCCCUGGCUUCUGGAAUGUUAAUGGAUGGUCAGUCAUAACAUUGUAAAGAAAAAGGAUUUUAUAAUUGUUGUAUAAUGUUUGAAUAUAAUAGCAUAUGUAAGCUUUUGCUGAUUUAAAAAAAUAUUUUCCAUUUGUGUGCCAAAUACUAAAUGUCAUUUAUGUCACUGGUUUAAUAUUUAUGGUAAGUUGUGCUUUCAGAGAUAGCGCACUGUCAGUUUUGAACAGCUGGUGGAUUGUUGUAUCAUGCAUGCCUUUGCCUUUGGAAGGAAACAGUGGCGGUGGUUUAACCAAAUAAAACUGAAUUAAUAUUUGUAAUUUUUGGUGGUGUGUCAUCAGACACACUCAUUUCAGGUGUCCAGUUGUCAUUUCUCACUUUUCUGUCAAAUUGUAUAUAAAUGUUUAUUUUUAUAAGUUGUGUUUUCUACAUUGCACGUACAGGUUUUGUUAGUAAAAGAAUUGUCGAUACACUUUGGUAGUUUUAAGACACCAGAUGUUCAGUACUUUUUGUUAUUGUCACUGAGAACAUUUUCUGUUAGUGAUUUUCUUAAAACGUGUAUGUUCAUUUUGAUAAAUUUGAAAUUUAUAACAUAAAAUGUCUGUGGGCUUCGGUUCUUUAAUGGACCUUAGGUCAUGUUAUUGACCUGCUUCUCUGUCUACAGUAGUACAGAUUUUUUUUUUUAUUUCAUAAUGUGUGGAGGCUGUAUAUAGAUGACAUUUAAGUCUGUGUUGCAGUAGUAUGUUUGCUUUCAUGUUUUAUUAAAUUUUGCAAAUGUAAAAUAGGUAUAUUUGAA